CAAACUGCAGUGGAGCUGUACUUGAAAGACCUCAAAGUGAGGAAGGAGUUAAUCGUUGCAAAAUAGUCAUUUCCUGAGUCCUCUGGUUGGAUGAGUAAAAACUUUCAACUAUUUCUAUUUCUUCUGUGUCAUUUAAGAGGCUUUCAAGGUGCACUGUACCUCUCAGACCAGAUCUUACUCAUAGAGGAAAUCUGAUCUGCUGCAGCACGGAAACAUCAGCAGUGAGAUGGCGAGACAAAUUCCUUAGGGAACUGCCUGUUUUCAAGCCAAGUGUUCAUGAUAUGAUCCAGCUGGUUACAGGGAUCAACAACCUACUUGUGAAUAAUGGUUAAAAACGAAUCCCACCUGGACGCUUUGACGCUAGCAAUGCUCCAGAAUAAGACAGUCUCCUUCACCCUCCCAAUUGUGUAUACAGUGGUGGCUCUGGUCAGCAUCCCUGGAAACUUGUUCUCCCUUUGGGUGCUCUGUUGGCACAUCAAACCGAAAACACCUUCUGUUAUCUUCAUGAUCAACUUAAGCAUCACAGACCUUAUGCUGGUCAGCUGUUUCCCCUUCCAGAUUUCUUAUCACCUCCAAAGCAAUCACUGGAGAUUUGGCAAGACUCUUUGCAGCCUUGUGACAGUGAUGUUCUAUUCGAACAUGUAUUCUUCCAUACUGACCAUGACCUUUAUCAGCAUGGAGCGGUACAUGGGUGUGGUACACCCCUUGAAGUUGAGCAAGUGGAGAAGAAAAAGAUAUGCCUUGGCUGCCUGCCUAGCUAUGUGGUUUUCCUUGCUACUAGCCUUCUACCCACUAGAAACUGCAGACUUGACCUAUGAAGUGAAAGAAUUAGGGAUUAUAACCUGUUUUGAUGUCCUAAAAUGGGAUAUGCUGCCCACCUUUGGAGCUUGGGUAGCCUUUCUCCUCACUUUAUUUGUUGUGCUGUUCCUGAUCCCUUUUGUUGUAACAGUUGGAUGCUACAUUGGUAUCAUUAGGAAGCUAAUUCAGACAUCAAGCAGAUAUGGUAAUAAGCAAAAGACUAGAUCCAUAUACCUGGCGACAAUUGUCCUUCUGUCCUUCAUCACUUGCUUCGCCCCCAAUAACUUUAUCCUACUUGCACAUAUGAUCAGCCGCCUAUUUUACAGCAGCAGUUUGUACCCUGCCUACAAGCUCACCUUGUGCCUCAGUUGCUUCAACAACUGCUUAGAUCCCUUCAUUUAUUAUUUUGCAUCGAAAGAAUUUUACCAGAAAUUCAUGCAAUUGUUUCGCCCUAUGGUACUGCUCAGCGACAGCUUGGAAAACAGAAGGGAAAGUUUAUUCUCUGGCAGGACCAUGUCAGCCAGAUCAAUGUCAAGUGGCCCUAUGGACGGGUUAGAGGGAGUAAAUGUCAAUUUGAAAAGGCAGGAAAGUGUUUUUUAGUUUUAGAUAUUCCCAGGAGAAAGAUACCCGUGAAACUCAUGAGUAGACACAGAAAACAUUUCCUUUUCAAAGGCCACACUCAAAAUACCUUGCUUCAGUGACAGAACUCAAGCUGUACUUAAAUUGAAUUUCAGCAUUUUCUGCUCGUGGAAGUGCUAAAGGGACUGAAUUUAUUCAAGAAGGCACUGAAGCAAAUCAAACAAGGUUAGCCUGGAAAUAGCCUUGCUACAUAAGACUGAGGGAUAGGUUUAGAACAGUUAGUCUGAGGUUUUAUGAUAGUUAACCAAAGACUUCUGAUUCUCAGUGAAUGUGAAAUAUUACUGUACAUGAAUUAGAGCAUACACCAAAGCUAGUUUGGGAGUAAGGGAGUUAUUUUUAUUUUUCUAAGCAAUGCGCUAAGCUUGUUUUUUCUCUUUGUUUGGUUUUUUUUUUAUUAUUAUUAUAUUUUUUUAUCUCUUGUUGUAUUUUUAUAAAAGAAAGAAUAAAAGUAGCAUGGUAUUUUACCAUUAAGGCAUAAUGCACAUCCACUGUGAAAUCACAACACUCACCCAACUGCUUUUCAGAGUCAAACCACACUGACACUUGAAAAGGUUAAGUUGACUCAUAUUAUUUAUUUCAAUCUUAUACAGAAAAAUGUCUCAUACAAUGAAAGAAAAGCUAACAACAUUUGCAAACACUGCUGCAUUUCUUGAAGUUAUUAAUUUCUUAGGACUGUGGGGAGCAGUUUAUUUAAGGAAACAGACUUUCCCACAUUAAUCAAUUACAGUACCAAUGCUGCUUGUAUGUGGUUAGUAUCAACUGGUCAUUUUCACCAAUUCACUGUAGGCAACACCUAAAAGAACUAUUCCCCUUAGCAUAAUUUAGCUCUACAUAGUGCCUGGGGAAUGAUUUUUUCUUCCUUACAGAGAUGGCCUGGAUUAUAAACCAGAUUUUUCAGCUAGAUAAAUGAAAACUCAGCCACAGACUGGAGAGUCAAACCAGAUGAAAACUUUUCCUGAUGGCCAGAUGUCAGAAACAUACUUCUUUGAGGCAGGCAAGAAGAAAGAAGAAAAGAAAGAAAAAAAUAAGGCUUGAGAAUGGGAGCUGUGCCAAAUAUCCUGAAAAUAAGUUAUGGCAGGUGGAUUGAGCAAUCCAGUGUUUGGAGCCCUCCUCUGAAAUAUCUUUCUACAGCUUGUUUGCAUAUUCCGUGCCAUGUUUAAUCCUUUUCACAUCUCAACACUGCCUGUGUGCCUGGAAAGACAACUGCUACAGAACAUGCACUGGGGACAGACAAAAGAUAUUUUUUUCCUGUAGUAUUUACAGCUUUUUACCUACAUUUAACUCUCACUGACACGGGAGAGACACAAACCACCCGAGAAGACCAGACAAGACCCCCUUACAAGCAAAAGAAAAAUACACCAUAUCCUUUUACUGCGCUUCAACUGCAUCCAGUACUGAGGAGGAAGCUAUCCACAGCACUGUAGUUAGUUGGUUGAGACAUUUCAUGCUGCACUGAUUCCUUAGCUUCUGUGCCUAAGUAAUAGGUGACACCCAAGGCCCUUAAAAUUUGCCAUUUUUCUCUGGGCAUCUCAUGAUUAAAAACCAAUUUUCCACCACUACUACAAAUUAACUACCAUUAAUUUAUUCACAGUGAAGGGUGGAAAGCCAAAACACACAGUGAGAUAUUGAAUUUCCUAUCUUCUGCUAAAGUAUUGUCAGUUUUUGGAGCAAAAUAAAUGUGAGUGGACGUAGCACUACCAUUUACAAGCCAAUGUGAACAUUCAAUGCUUUGUGGCAUUUCACAGUGUUAGUUUUAAUUAAUCUGUGCAUUUUCUGCAUACAAGGCCAACCUUUGUGAUACGUAAGUCACCUAAACCCUCCCAUCAAUUUGCCUGGAACCUACCCUUUAUUAUUCACUUUCACAUGAUUCCAGAUAUCUCAUUAUCACAAUUGUUUAAUUGUUUUCUGCAUUUUGUUGUGGCAUAUUGUUUUUUGAAGUUUAUACCGAAAUCUCUCUCCUUUUUCUUUUUUUUUUUUUUAGCAUGGAACUAUUUUUACAUUGAAAGCCUUUACUUCUCCUACAUCUAAUGCAGACUUUGACUCUGUAUUAUCUUGAACAUGGUCCGCAAGUGCAUAGCCCCUCCUAAAAUAUGCUGCAAAGUGCCUGAGCUAUAACUGACACAAAAUAAAGCCAAAAGGGCAGAAACCUUGCAUCUUGGACAUCAACUGCUAUAUUUUGAAAAACAGUGAAUUGCUCCUUUUUCGAGUGAGAAAAGAUGCUCACAAAAACUGAAAAUGUUCUCUCCAAACUCAUGCAGUUCUUCAUAACCCUUCAUGUCUCUUCUGAAAAUGUUUAAAAAGGAACAGGAAGGAUGCCUCAUUUGAGAAUACUUCAUGUCAUUUCACUAACUAGCCUCUAGUUAGCUCAGAUUCCUGUUUGGGUCAGUGGGAUUGUUCCUUGUGAAAGAAAUAUAAAAAUGCACUCAUUAACAGCAAUCCUUCGAGUCUGAUGGCGUAUACUAUGAAGUCUUGGAGAGUCUUUAUUAGAUAGGAAGAUAAUAAAUUAUUAUUAAAAGAGGCCCAUCAUACUGUUCUUUGAUCCUGGAAAUGUAUCCUUCUGGAGCACCAUAAAAAUAAUGGCUUCUACCCUCCUUGAUCAAUGAGUGUAAGUUGACAUCCAUAUACAUAUAUACAUAUAAAUAAAGACAUAAAAAUAAAUAUACAUUGCAAUUUGUGAAGCUAUUGAGAAGUUCAUGUCCAUAUUAUGUUCAAUUUGGGGAAUAUGGGCCCUGGGCAACUUGCUUACUUGUAAGCAUUACUAUGUAGUUAAUGUAAUUUUACUGCAAAGACAAGAAUGUAAAGAUUUCUCUUUGUUUUCAGGGUUGGGAGGGGAGAUUGCGUUUUGUGUUAUUUUUUUAAAUUACUGUAUAGAAAUUUAACCUAUUAAUGUGCUUGAACUUUUUUGUACAUAUAAUGAUAAAAAAUUUAAAAAAUUAAAAGUACAUGAUUUAAGAUUCA